AUGGCCUCUUCGUUCUCUUCCAUCUGUGCCACGCCUGGUUUUUAUGGUGUUACGUGUUGCGACUUGGACUGCUUUAAGCGUGAUUCCAUUGAUGCUAUGGCGAAUCCGUUGGCUAACCUUGUUUCUUCGGUGUUUGCAGAGCUUUCCAAACUGAAGAAGCUCCAGCAAUUGAAUUUAGGGUCAAAUUUUUUCUCUGGUAUGCUGCCUGUAGAGAUAGACUUGUCAAACAACAACAUAUCUGGAAAUCUACCUCACAAUCUUACUCUCGUGUAUAAGCUAGAACAGCUGAAUUUGUCAAAUAACUCCUUAGACAGACCCUUGCUGUCCGCAAACUUCGAUCUCCCAAGCAUACAGUCCAUACAUUUGGAACACAAUGCAUUUCAUGGAACAAUACUCGAGAAUCUGCUUCUUUACAGCCCCUUUCUAAUGGUCAUAGACAUCGGAGCCAUUUAUAUGUCAGGUCGCAUCCCAAGAGAGAUUGCAGAAACCUCUAAUUUACAGCAACUGGCCAUUUUAGAUCUAUCGGAAAACAACUUUGAGGGAUCCAUACCUUCUUGCUUCCAUAAGAGCUCUGCUUGGGUAAAUGGUAGCAGAUCCACCAUAAGGGCUAGCACGGAUGCGCAUGUGAAUUUCUACAAGCGCAAUGAGUAUGGAUACAGUGGAAUAGUUCUCUCUGUUGUAACAGGAAUUGAUCUCUCCUUGAACCAUCUUAGCGGCCCCAUCCCAAUGGAAAUUGGCAUCUUAAAAGGACUUAUUGUAUUGAAUAUCUCCAACAAUCAUCUCAAUGGGACGAUCCCAGAUUCGUUUGCAAAGUUGUCUCAGAUUGAAGUACUGGAUCUCUCACAUAAUAUGCUCAAGGGCAGGAUACCAUCUGAUUUAGGUUCUCUAACUUUUUUAAGCCAAUUUUCAGUUGCAUUUAAUGAUUUAGAAGGUGCAGUUCCCAUUGUAAACAAUUUUCAAACCUUUGAAGAAAGUUCCUAUUGUGGAAAUCCUAAGCUUUGUGGUUACCUAGGGAAAGAGUGCUCUAAAAAUCCUAAGCUUUGUGGUUAUCCAAGGAAAAAGUGCUCUCAGCUCCAACAGGAAGACAAGGAAAAUGAAGAGAAAAUUUCAAGAUGGGUGGGGGAUAAGCCUGUGCUCUAUGCUUGCAUUGCCAUGGAAUUUGUAGUUGGUUUUUGGGGUGUACUUUGGUUUCUUUUUCUAAUCAAGAAGUGGAGGUUUGUAUGGUUUAAGGCCAUGGAUGGACCGAUUCAUCGUGUUUUCUCUGGUCGUGAGUGGUUUCCAUAUGCUUUUCUUUUGUAA